AUGCGUGAUAGUGAAUAUCAUUAUCAUGAAAUGCUUGGUGGUCUGUGGGGUUUUCGCCCUGCAUUAGAUCGAACAUUUUCGAGACAAUUACUACGAAAAAUGGUCAAUCGUACCCUAAUUACUAUGUAUCAUACAAACGGUGAUCAAGAUUUUUUAAAAGAACAUGUAUGGCCUCAUAUUCAAGAUAAUUUUAUUGCGCAUGAUAGUUAUAAAUGUAAUACAUCGUAUGGAAAAAACUCUCAACCAUGGCCAUCACGACGACCAGUAGUGAAUAGUACGUUUAAUAAUUGUUUCGUCGGAUGUGUUCGUAAGUGUUGUGAACCGUAUGCUUUCACACUUAAAGAAUGUCCAUUGGAAUGUCGACCAAAAAAUCAUCCAGAUUGGUUAUGGUGUUAG